AUGCAUUAUGCCUUUUUUGGCAGGCCUGAAACGUUCCUCCUAGAGCACGUCCUGCGGGAACCCAAGGCGCAGCGGGCGCUCAUGCUGUGGCUCUCGGCGGCUCGGUCGGCGUACAUGCUGAAACUGAAGUGGGCGCGGAAACCCAAGAUUUGGAUGCUCACGGGGCAGUAUCUCCUGGACGACGCCCGGACCGUCAGCAUCUCCAGCUGCGAGGAGACGGGCAAGGUCGGCGUCACGUCGGCGGCGGUGGGCGCGUUGGCGGGCGUGCCGGUCGGCGGCUCCAUUGGCUUGGGACAUAACAGCAAGGCGCAGGUCACGAUGGAGAUGCCGGGACAGAAUGUUUGGGCUGCGAGGUAUCAUCUUGUCGACACGGAUUUCGUGCGGUUGAAGGCCGGGGAGGAGGCGCAGUUGCCGCCCGUGAUUGCGCUGCAUCCGGAUGUCACGAGUCGGGCGGGCAAGGCGGCGAGUUGGUAUAUGGAUACCGGGGGCCAGGAGCCGGAGGUGGCGACGGUGCAGUUGGAGAAGCAGAGCGAGCCCAAGACGAGGGUUCAGGAGGUGGUCGAGGUCAUUGAGUUGCCAGUUGGCGAGGGGAAGGCAGCGAGCGAGCCGGAGGCGAGGGUUCAGGAAAUGGUGGAGGUCAUUGAGUUGCCGGAUGGCGAGGGGAAGACUACGAGCGAGAAUGAUGGACGAGGAGAUUAUAGCAGGGAUCUGGAGGAGGCGAUUCAAGAAUUCGAGAAGGUUAUGGGUCAAGGUGCAGAAGAGGAUCCAGAUCAGAAGACUGACAUGGUUGAUACGACUGCUGGUGGACAGCUCUACUAG